AUGCCUUCCACCAGGAGCACCGUACAGAUAUGGGGAUUUAUGAAUUGGACCAAAGUCCACAGUGAAGAGGUGCUAUCCUCUGAUACUCUAGCGACAGCGUCUACGGAAGUUAAUCCUUGGGUGCACUGGAUUGGAGAGAAGCCAACGCGCGGUGAACCCUCCAUUGACGGGAAGGUUCUCUUGUAUGUCCACGGUGGCGGCUUCGUAUUGCCCUUGUCCAGCGGCCAUUUGGCCAUGGUUACCACGUUAUUACGGGAAGCAAAAUCCAAGAGCUCGAAACCGAUAUACCUUGCUGUAGCAGAGUAUA